AUGGAACGCCGACUCACGUCUAGAAACGUGAGCCUGGAUUGGGUUGAGCGAGAUGAUCAAGAUGGGGACACUGUCUCAGCACAUCUCAUCCAAAACACAUACGCCCGGCUGAAACUCCAGUAUGCAGAAAAGUUGACCCAGAAUUGGGUUGAACAACUUGAAUCACCCAACCAAGCCCUUGAGCAGCUGUCUCUUGCUGCAUGUCUGAUUGAACUGUGGAGGAGUAUGUACGGCGCUAUACCAGCAACAGAACAAGACCAGUCCUCGAGAGACACAUUACCGUUCCCAGGGUUCGUGGACCUAGCUUGUGGGAAUGGUAUUCUCGUGUACGUACUUCUCAUGGAAGGAUAUAAGGGCCAGGGCUUUGACGCCUGCCGUCGAAAGUCCUGGGAGACAUUCCCAGCCGAGAUACAGCAAUGCCUGGAAGAGAGAAUCUUUAUUCCCCGGCCUUUUGUGGACGUACUGGACUUGCAAGAAAUCGGCGUGCAGAUACAUACCGGCGAUUUCCCGGAAAAUACAUUCAUCAUAUCCGACCACGCGGAUGAGCUCACUGUAUGGACUCCUAUAAUGGCUGCCCUGUCGAGUCCCUCGUCGCCAUUACCAUUCUUUGUAAUCCCGUGCUGUUCUCGUUCACUUGCUGGCUCUUCGUAUCGCUAUCCUCCGCCAGAAGAAGGUGGUCCAAUACAGAAGAAAAGUGAGAAAAGUGCGAAUGGCAAUCCUGCCGCAUGGAAAGUUGUUGAUGAUGCCAUAGAGCAGAAUCUACAGCCUGCGUCUGGUGAUUUGAGGGCACUUCGUGCGGUCAAGAUCGAAGAGAAGACCGAAAGCGGGUUUCUGAAUUCAAUGAUUGGAUCUCUUGCCGCAAAAACAAUGAGUAUUGCGGAGGAAAUCGGGUUCGGUGUUGAGAAGGCAUGGUUGCGCACUCCUGGUGCGAUUAACAUGGCGUUGAUUGGAGGUCGAGGGCAGGUUACAAUGGAGUGGCUAAAGAACUCGGAUUCUACAGAUUCUGCAACAAGGCGAGACCCAGAGGAUACAGUCUUGAAAAAUAUCAUACAAGUGGUUGAGCGUGAAUGCUCCAAGGAUGGUGGCAUUCGGGCAGCUGCUGAGCUCUGGGUUGAACGGACGAAGAGUCUUCACCAGGGACAGGGGACAGUACACCAAGCUAAAUAA